AUGACCACCGAGGAAAUUAAAGAAAAGCGCGAAUAUAACCUAAGGAAGUAUGGCUUGUCCCAGGAAGAGAUUGACCGCGUUGUGAUUCCCGUACUUACCGAAAAACAAACCAGCGAGGUGUUUGAUAAACGCACAAACCAACAACUUGAGCGUCAGCAGUUGCUCUCUCGAUUAGCCAUGCUCCGCUCGGCUCUUCAAGUUCGCCAAAACGGCUCAGACGGUUCCUUGAAGCGUCGCCGAUUAUCCUCCAAGAAGAGAAGAAAGUACACAUAUAGUGAUGACAUGGAUGACUCAACCGAUGACGAUGUUUUAAACUUCGAUUUCUCGAAUAUGCCGAAGAGACAGAGUCGAAGACAGCGAGGACUCGACCCUGAUUUUGUGGAUCCAGAUUUCAAUAUUCACGAUUAUUAUCUUGUUUGUUGA